GAAUAUUUUUGCUAUGUUCCGUUAAACCCUUCCAACUCUCUCAACUGGCUAGUGGCUACUGGCUACUGCUCCGAUUCUUCCUUACCCAUUCCUGAAUUCCCCAGGCUCACGGUUGCAAGACGAGUGUCAGAUUUACUCGUUUUCGGUUGUGUUCUGUAAUGUGUUGAAGAGUUUGGAAGAGGUCCGGAAUUCGAUCAGAAAUGGUUGAAUGGUGGUGGUCCAUAGUGGGAGCUGCAGUUCCAGCCGUGGUGGCAGGGCAGGCUUUCAGGAUGAAGAAUAAGCGUGCAGAGGAGCAGAGACUAAAGAGUGCACGAGGCAGAGAGAAGAGCUCCGACGAAGUCUUUGUCUGCGAGCGCGUGUGUACUUCGAAAAGGAUGCUCAAGAAGGUUGGUUCAUUCUCUAAGGAUCCUACUCCAGAUACUUGCGUGACAGUUUGUGGUGUUUCUGAGCUUGAUGCCUGCGCUGAUGCUUGUGCUCGGACAGUCUGUGUUAAUCAGCAUCAAGUACCUAACUGGAAUGAUAUUUGUCUGAAGAGGUGUCAGAGUGAGUGUCUUAGGCUGUCUAAUUCGUCAUCCAUGUCUUGAUAGUCUGCAAAUAGUUAGUAGGUCCAAACAUUUUGCAGUAAUCACCUUUUGUUGUAGUCCUUGCUUGCACUAUGGAUCAAGAUCUGUGAUUCUGCAUUUGUUAGAGCGCUGUUAUUAUCUCCCUAAUCAUUUUGAAUUAUCUGAAAUAUCUAUAAUUUAAUGAAUUGAAACUUCAAAUCCUGGAUUUUCUGGGAUGAAGAAGGUUAAGCAUGCAUCCCCCUUUUUCGUAAGCUGGAGGAUCUCUUUUCUAGCUCAAUAAAUUGUUUUACAAAUGAUGGCAUGAGAAAAUUUCUUUGUGGUGUUUCUCAUGUGGUUAGAUGCUGGAAUCGCCACCCUGGCAUUUUGCCACAUAUAUUUUCAAGAGCCACUGUACUUUUGUGUUUUCUCCCUGGUCUUUUGUUCGAUGCUGGAUGAAACAUGUAACAGAGACCUCCAGUAGUGCGAAACAUACUGGACCUGUAGUGCAAAAUGUAUUGAGUUGGUGUGAAAUGUGAUUGUGACUUGUAAUGCUCCAAUGUUUAGCUUAUCCUAUGUUUCUUAUCUUCCUCUUUCAAGGUAUAGAUGGUUUGUUUGACAUGAAGACAAUUUAGUAUUUGUUAAUAGCACAAAGCCCUCAGCGGUGUCUUGUGUUCUCAUUAUCGUGAGAGAGGAUCAGGUUUUUGAAGAAUGGUUUCUUAGAUUAUGGCAGUUUGUUCCCUCCAUAUGUAUUUUGACUUUGAUGAAGUUGCAGAACAAUUGAAUCAGUGGUUGGCUUCGACACUAGAGAUUAUUCGACUAUGUCAAUCAUUUUCUUGGGAAUGCGAUGAACAAAAUUCUAGGAAAUCAAGGGACAUGCUCAUUUUCAAACUCCACAAGCAUUUUCUGGUUUUGGAGAUUUUUUAGUCAUCUAGCUUAUCAUAGAUAGAGCUAGCUUUUGGUCAACCCAAAGACACAGGCUGCAGGUUGAGUUGUGUGAAGGACCAAGAGGACGGGUUGAGAAUAUCAGAGAUGGUCAGUGGCUUUUGGGACACUGUUAUCCUGCAAUCAGAGUCCUUUCGUACAUUCCAACAUAAAAAUGACCAGCGGAGUCUCGACACCGAGCUCAUGGAUUACGUACAUUUGUAAACUUAGAGAUGUGUAAAGAGAAGGAUUUAAGCAGAUGGAUCAGAAAAUAAUGGAGUCCAUAGCAAUUGUCAUUGGUUUUUAUGGAAUAAAAUAACCAAGGAGUUAGCGCAAAC